UUCCGUUCUCCAUUGGCUGUGUCGCGCGUCCCUCAGAUCAUCCCCCGGAAGUACACCCACGUACACAACAAAGAUGGAGGGCGACAUUUCGGACUCGAACCGACCUCAAAUGUACUUAUUCGGUUGCACCCUCAGAGCGGACAAACGGGAGUACAAAGUUGACGUGGACGAGGACGAGACGGAGCAGCAGCUGUCUCUUAAAGCAGCGUGCUUGGGAGCCGAGGCCGAGGACAAGUUCCACAUGGUGGAAGUGGAGGCCCUGACUUAUGACGGAAAGACCACCAAAGUGCCGCUGGUUGUGCUGAAGCCAUCCGUCCUUCCCUCUAUGACUUUAGGUGGCUUUGAGAUCACGCCGCCAGUCACCUUACGUCUCCUGUCAGGGUCAGGACCGGUGCACAUCAGCGGGCAACAUUUUGUCAGUGUGAAAGAUUCAGACGAUGAAGAAGAAGAACACAACACCUCCCCGGUCAAGCGUCCUGCUGGUCUGAUGGCGGGGAAAAAACUUCCACUGAAAAAGCUGAAGAUGGACGACGAAGAGGAUGAUGAUGAUGAGGAUGAUGAAGAUGAUGACAGUGAUGAAAGUGAAGUGACGCCCCAGAAGAGUGCCAAGAAGGUAAGCCAGGGCCCCACAACACCCAAGAAGGAGCAGAUGAAACAAAAUGGCCCUGCGGCAAAAGCGCCGAUGAAGACACCUGUUCCAGGAAAAGACAAACCCCAGGCCGGGCCGUCUAAAUCUCCGUCUUUGGCCGAGAUAAAGAGCAAGUUGUCAGCGGCAGCCAAAGAGGGGAAACCACUGCCCAAGACCGAGCAGAAGUUUGAGAACUUUGUCAAGAGCUCCUUCAAGAUUUUGGAGAAAAACGUGGUCAAGGACCUGUGGGCGUUUGUCAGAACCCUGAAGAUGGAGAAGAAGUAGACCAGCGCUCGCUCCAAUCGCCCCCUCGCGUCCCGCCAGGUGAUUUAAAGGCACAGUCGGCGACAUUUCCUACUUAGACCUUUCCCCGUGUCAACAACGCUCUUUGACUCCAUUGUGCGCGGCGUUUUUCACACCUGUAGCCAGGCGACAGCAUGGCCAGUUCACACCUGAAGAGCCACCUGCUGCACACCUCACUUUUUUACCAGGUUGAAAUGGUGUGCGCGCGACUUCCUGCAUUCUGUCCAAUCACACGCCCCUAUUCAGAGUCAAUGAUGCAAUAGGAAAUAUUGCAGAAUGUGCCUUUAAAUGUCUCUACUGUCCCAGUUCUAACAUAAAUAUCAGGGGCCGUACUUAUCAAGCUUCUUAGAGGGCCAUUUUACACUCAAGUCCUGAGAAUUUGCGAAAUUUAGACCUACUCUCAAACUUAAGAAUAAAAGCUUUUUAUCAACGUUCUUAAGUCUAAGAAUCACUCCUACUCUCCACGAUAUUUAAGAGACCUUCAGAGGUGUCUUAAGUGGUUAGGAGUUGCCAGCAGGGGAUGGCACUGAGGCGAGAGAGACGUGCGCGAACGUUCAGGGAGCGGAACGAUGUUCUGGAUUUGUUUGAUGACGAGCAGCUGAUCAAACGGUAUCUUUAGACAGAGCGGGUAAUAUUUUUGUCACAGAUUUAAUACUUUUCGAUUCCAUGUUGAUUUCUGCAUGUGUCUGCAGUGGGCUAGUAUAUAUAGAGCCACCCACACCAGUUUCAAAUUAGUUGCCUAAUUAACGAAUUGGAAAGAAAAUGUUAUGACAGUAGCGUAUGUGAGGUGAGUGACGUCAGUGAGUGUGUGGGCGAGAGAAGAGAGGGAGCGGUAACGUGAGUGCCGGCGGGGACUAGUUUGUUUUGUAUUAUUUUGUAGUUUAUUGUCAAAAUAUACACUCCCAUUGUCCAUUUAAAUAUUUCCAAGAUAUUUCUUUAUUCUUAGACAACGGAUUCCCUUCCGUGAUUGGUCAUUUCUAUGGACACAGAAAUGACGUCACCUAAAAUUGCGUUUACGGCACAUAGUAAUGUCGUAAUUCAGCUCUGAGUGUGACACUUAAGAUUCAGUCCUACACUUCGCUGAAAGUGUGAGUAAGACGCUUGAUAACUAACUUUUAAGUGCAGCUUUCAGCCAAGAAUUUAUUUACUCUUAAGUCAACUCUUAGCAGACUUCUUAGGAGUCAUUCUAAGAAGCUUGAUAAGUACGGCCCCUGAUCUUACCUGACAUUUUCAUACAUGCUUUUUAGUUGUGCUCCAGCUAGAUGUUUGCUAACAAAUUAGCACCGUGGUUCGCGGUCAUCACAUGUUCUCCAUCCUUACAUGUCUUUACAACUUUUUUAUGUUGGAUGUUCUGCCAGGAACACACCCGCCCCUUCUGAAACGCUCCACUCUACUGUACUUUCCAGGCUAUAGAGCGCACUGCAAAAAGUCAGUGUUCAAAAACAAGAAAAAAUAAUUACAAAAACGAGGGGUAUUUUCAUUGAAUUAAGCAAAAUUAUCUGCCAAUAGAACAAGAAAAUUCGGCUUGUCAAGACUUUCCAAAACAAGUAAAAUGAGCUAACCUCAAUGAACCCAAAAAUACCUUAAAAUAAGUAUAUUCUCACUAAUAACAAGUGCACUUUUCUUGGUAAAAAAAAAAGGAGACCUUUUUCUCAAUAUGUUGAAAAAUAUUCUUAACUUAAAUAAAAGCUAGUGCCAUUAUCUUGACAUAAAGAUAUGCGCUCGGCAUCAUGAUUUUUUUUUUCACGCUUGAAGUAAGAAAUUAUUACUUUAAAAAAGUAGUUUUAUACUUGUGAAUGUUGAUGACACAACUUUGCAACAGUUGAUAUUCUAGUUUCAAGCGUGUUUUACUCAAUAUAGCUCAUCAAAUCUCAGCAACAAGCUGUAAUAUCUUACUGAGAUCAUUUAGGACCAAAACACUUAAAACAAGUAAAACACUCUAACAUCAAAUCUGCUUAGUGAGAAGAACUACCGUAAUUUCCGGACUAUAAGGCGCACCUGACUAUAAGCCGCACCAGCUAAAUUUAGGGGAAAAUACAGAUUGUUCCAUAUAUAAGCCGCACCCGACUAUAAGCCGCACCAGCUAAAUUUAGGGGAAAACACAGAUUGCUCCAUAUAUAAGCCGCACCCGACUAUAAGCCACACCAGACUAUAAGCCGCACCAGCUAAAUUUAGGGGAAAAUACAGAUUGCUCCAUAUGUAAGCCGCACCCGACUAUAAGCCGCACCGGACUAUAAGCCGCACCAGCUAAAUUUAGGGGAAAAUACAGAUUGCUCCAUAUAUAAGCCGCACCCGACUAUAAGCCGCACCUGACUAUAAGCCGCACCAGCUAAAUUUAGGGGAAAAUACAGAUUGCUCCAUUUGUGAUUAGUGCUGCCGUUUAGAUUUUACGAGCCUUCAAAGACCCGCAGCACUAAAGUUGCUCCGGUGCCAAAAAUGACAACGAAAAUGCAAUUACUCCUUCUUUGUCCUCAAUACACACAAUACCCUAUAAUGACAAUGUGAACUCAGACACAACUUCCUCUAACUCCCAGUACCAAUAUCGUAGAGACACGAAACAAAAACCUCUAUGUAGGUCUCACUCAGGACUACCACUGGACAAAAGUAUUGGGACACCUAGGACUAGCACCUGCCAAAAGGCGGACCCGACCAACGCUGCUUGCAGCUUUAAUUUGACUUGUUUUUGGAAAGUCUUGCCAAGCCAAAUGUUCUUGUUCUAAUGGCAGAUAAUUUUGCUUAGUUCAAAUAAAAUACCCCUCAUUUUUGUAUUUUUUUUUCUUGUUUUUGAACACUGACUUUUUGCAGUGCACCCGCAGGGAGCGAACUCGUCCAAAAGAUGGCGCCGUAUCACAAACAAUAACACGCCUUUUUAGUGUCUUUUCAUGUGUUUUCUUAAAAACUUUUGGCAUGAUGGCCGCCAGCGAAUAAAAAUCCGCCAAUCAGCCGUGCCGUUUAAUAGGCCGCAGGGCUCAAAGUGUAGGAAAAAGUAGCGGCUUUGCGCAAGCAAAGGCUCCUUUUGCCGAGAUCUUGCCAACGCAAUUUGGAAGUGGGAAUAUGACUUGUAUAAAAGCAACAGCUGUUCUUUCUGGAACGUUCCUGAGUUGCCAGGAGGCUCCUGUGAUUCAGCAACAUCAUCAUAAGGUAUCUAUUAGAGAGUGACACCAGCCUAAAGGGAUGCCAUUGUCUGCGUGCUCCAAUGUGGACAUAAAGUACACACGUUCAUUGUCUGCACGCUCCAAUGUGGACGCAUAAAAGCGUGCGGCCAAUCCACGCCUAUGAAGUGUUUACGAUGACAUCUGACCAGGCUGCUUUUUAACCAUUUCAAUGCUUCACCUCAGCAGGAAUCAAACUGUGUGCACGUCUAACAACUCAUUUACCAAAUGUGUUCUCCUAGUUCAGGGGUCGGCAACCCAAAAUGUUGAAAGAGCCAUAUUGGACCAAAAAUCUGUCUGGAGCCGCAACAAAUUAGAAGCCAUAUUACAUACAGAUAGUGUGUCAUGAGAUAUACAUUGAAGUAAGAUGACUUAAAGGAAGCUAAAUGACCUCCAAUAUAGCUACAAAUGAGGCAUAAUGAUGCAAUGGGUGAGGGCGGACCUACGUCACUUCCGCCUACCAAUCCCCUAGCAACCGGGAAUUCGUUGAAAACAAAGCAGCUCACAGCGAACACGGCAUUGACAGAAAAAGCAUUUAACGAGCGUUGUGGCUUGGAAGUCGGCGUUAAAUCCUUCAUUUACGCAUUUUUACUUAUUCGCAUAUCGUGUGAAAAACCGAAAAUGUAUUAUUUGCGUCAGACUCGUCUCAGUGAACUUUAAAGCGUCUCAGGCUUAGCUUAGCUUGCUAGUUAGCUUAGCCUGCGCGCUACUAAGAAAGAGACGCGGAAGUUAUCAACAACAAGAUCAAGUGUUAGUGUAUAAAAUAUUGACAGAUUUGAGGGCUACAUGUAUUGUUUAAGUACAACUGUUCUUCGCCAGGUGUUCUUAGGCCGCCCUGGCUUACGUUUUCCCGGUGGUGUCCAUCUUAACGCUGCCUUUGGUAUCCUCUCGUUGUCCGGUUUUCCAAAAUAGCUAGCUAGGCUAUAGACUAUAUAGUAUAUACCGCAUGUUAUUUUUGUACAACAACAACUUCAGCUGUCGAAUGUUAUAAGGUACAAAAUCCAACAAGUACAACAUUAGCACGGACGUAUAGCCAAGUUGUGGUUAAGAAGGUGGAUUUUUGUUCCUUAUAUUUAGCAGAAACGAAGUGAUCCGAACACACGACCCGGGACUUUGGGGGACUCCAGUGAGAACCGUCCUCGUUUUCCCGGUGUAAAGCUGCGAGCCAUUUGUCUCGUCUCUGUGGGCUUUUAUCACGCUUUGGCAGAACAAAAUACAACCUUUGUUUUCCCUGUUUCCAGUUGUGGUUAGCACAACCAAAAACAACACAGUUUUUCGGCAUUUUGGAGGCAGAAUGACGGGUUUAACCAGCGUCAGUCGACAGGUUAAAGAGUAUGGGCAACGGAUUGUUUUCAACGCCAGUCUGGUUGCUAUGGCUCGAAGAACCCGUAUGUAGCUCAGUUGCCCGGAUGUCGGCCCUCACCCAUAUGUACAUAUAGCUAGCCUAAAUAGCAUGUUAGCAUCGAUUAGCUUGCAGUCAUGCAGUGACCAAAUAUGUCUGAUUAGCACUCCACACAAGUCAAUAACAUCAACAAAACUCACCUUUGUGCAUUCACGCACAACGUUAAAGGUUUGGUGGCAUAAAACACGUCCUAGAAAGUCGGAGAAAGUUAUCCAUGUAAACAAACUAAGGUGAGUUCAAGGACCGCCAAAAUUAGUAGGACAAAACGGCGCUCGCCAAAUACUGGAAUCAGUGAAGCAUGUUUAAUAUAAACAGUGUGCUUUAUAACAAUUAGUGUCAUGUUUGUCCUCCUACAGAAACCAUACUAAAACAACAAAUAUUUUUUUUCCCCAUCUUUUUCCAUUUUUCAUACAUUUUUGAAAAAGCUCCAGAGAGCCACUAGGGCGGCGCUAAAGAGCCGCGGGUUGCCGACCCCCUGUCCUAGUUUAAUGAAUGUAGUCAACCCUUUUUUUUUAAUGAAUGAUAGUUAUUUUGUGUACGGCAGCUGGACAAGAAUAUUGUUUUAUGACUCUUGUGCUCAUUAGUGUGUAACUACUACUUUGUAGCAAUGCGUAGACAUUUGUAACGUUAGUGAUCAUUUUCUUCAUUCCUCAGUGCUCUGUGAAAUGUGCCCAAAUAAAGGGAAGUCUGGACAGGAUCUGUUUGACAAAACUCCUGCUAUUGUCAUUCAAUGAAAAAACAGGUGUGUCCAAAGUGGGGCCCACAUUCUACAAUUGUAAAAUGACUACUACAAAAACAUCAAAGUAGAAUAAAAAGGUAACGAGAAUAACUUACAAUGUUGACUUAUAACUAGGGGUGUAACGGUACGUGUAUUUGUAUUGAACCGUUGGGUUCCGGUUCGGUUCGGAGGUGUACCGAACGAGUUUCCACACGGAAAUUAAGUAGCGUAACGCACGUUGUGUAAACAAUGCACAACAAGGCACAACACACGGCAUGCUAUCAGCUAACGGGCUACGAUACGUCCUCUUUUUACCGGACAUGUCCUCUUUUGCGGAGCUGUCAGGGCGGAGUUU